AUGGAAAUGCAGCAAAACUGCAGCAUUUCAUGCUUCUGGGAAACCCAACCUCUUGGUUGUGUGAAGAUCAGUUGUAUCUUUUACCACAGCAAACCACGAAAUAUCAAUGGAUUAUUUUUGCCACCAAGUAGCAACACCACCUUACAGAAAGAAAGUCAGGAAGGAAACCCACCCCCAACCCAGAGUCAGGAGCCUCUGAAACCCAUGGAGAAUGUAUCACGACCCAUUCAUCAUCCAUUAGUUUUAAAAACUAACUUUGAAGAAGAGGAAGAGGAAGAAGAGGAACAAAAUGAUGCUUCUAGCUUAUGGACAAAGACCCCUGAAGAAAUUGAAGAGAAAAGAGCAAUAAAGGAGAUGUGUUAUAAAUCUGGUGAAUACUAUAGAUUCCAUGCACCACCAGACAUCUCAUCAAAAAGCCUAGUUCCUACAGUGGAAAAGGAGUUAGAAAAGCCUUUGGAAAAUGGCAGUGAUUUACAAGAAGGGGAUGGUCUUACAGUUCCAACAAAGUUUAGCCUAUAUGAGAGGACGGGAGAGGCAAAAACAUCAUUGGAUAGGAAACCAAGGACUGACAUUGCUGCUUUUGAAAAUGGAGGAGGUGACUGCUAUGCUCCACAGAGGAUCAUAUUUCUUGGAGUGGAUGAAAGUGAAGCAUUAGCUGAAGAGAAAGAAACUACCUCAAAAUGUUCAAAUGCCAAAGAAAGCAAAAACAGUCUUCAUCCAAAGCACCCCCUAACUUCUCGCCUAGUUCCUACAACACAUGUACUAAAUGCUACUGAGAAUAUCAGCAUGAAUUGCAGAGAGAACCCCUCUUCAAUGAAUGAUGUCCAGCCAGUGAGGAAGCCUCAUUUUAAAGGUGUGAAGAAAAGAAAAUGGAUUUAUGAUGAACCAAAGAACUUUCCUGGCUCUGGAAUGCGGAGAGCAGUACACACCCCAAAUUCCAAACAUAAGAUGAGUUACCAUCAUCACAAUAAAAACCGAAAUGCUGAGAACACCUCCUACGUGCAUGUUCAAAGAGACGCAGUAAGAACUGUCACACUGAAUGCCCCUCCCCGAAGCAGGCCCACGAGUGGUGGGUCCUACAACAAAGCUGAUGUCAACAAGGAACCCAAACUCAACCUCUGUCCAGAUAAACAUAUGUCAACAUCAUAUAAUGGUUCAGCCUGGAGAAGAAGAAUUCCUUUUUCAAAAACUUAUUCAAAAACUGAAAAGAUAUAUCCAGAGCCAAGAAGAAAUGGGAGUAAGUAA